GAAUACUAAAUAACUUACUUGACGCACACAUACUGACCAUUUUCCCACCUGUCACCUUGUCCAAGGUCUUCCCGCCUGCUUGACGAAGGCCCUAGCGAGCCUGCAGCUAGGCACCUUCAUAGGCGUUUGCUUUAUACCCCCUAAUCAGCAUGGCAGAAUUAAGGAGGCGAAGCGAGCGUAUAGCAGCUGUAGAGGCGAAGUCACCUCUUAACCUAAAGGAGCCAGAGACAUCAGAUUCGGAGCACAGCAGCGGCGAUGAUAGCGAUGGGGCACUUGACGAAGAGAUGAUGCCAAAGAACAGCAACCAACAGCCCAAAAAGCACAGCGCGAAAUCACCGCAGCGGAAGGGUCAAAGCCCAGGCAAGGCCGCGCAGCGAAGCCCAGCGGGUGCGCAGCGGAAGCGCAAGGCAGCCGCUGAUGCAGCAAACGACGAGGGUGGGCCAGCAGCUGCCGGGACGGGUGACGGUGUGGCGGCGGGCCCGGGGCCGCCAGGGGCAGGGGCCCAGAACGGCACUGCGGGUGCUGCUGCUGCUGGUGCUGCUGCAGGUCCUUCCACAGGCGCAGGCUCCGAAGCUCAUGCGGGCGCUGGUGCAGCAGCUGGUGCCGCCGCCGCAGCAGCAGCGCACCCGCCGAGGCCCGCAGCGAAGCGGCGGAAGGCGGCACCGUUGGAGUCGCUGCACAACCUGACGCUGUGGGACAUCAUCACAAAGCACCCCGCGUCGGUAGAGCGGGCGGCCAAGGAGUGGGUGGAGCGGUACUGCCAGGACAAGAUGACUGCAACCGCCGAGCUCAUGACGAUGGUCGUGCGGGCUGGCGGCUGCGAGGCCGAGGUCAGUGUGGAGGAGCUGGAGGCGGGCGAGAUGGACGACGUGGUGAAGCGGCUGGUGGACACCAUCGUGCGGGAGGGCGGCUCCGAGCCCUUCCGCGACAAGAAGCUGCGCGGGCUGCGGUCGUCCUACGACGCCUUCUGGGGCGAGCUGACCACCGAGCUGCAGGCGGUGGGGCGGCUGCUGGACGACCCGCUGUGCGACCACCUGAACAACCUGCUCAUAGGGAUGAGCGUGUCCGCGGCUACCGUCACGCGGGCACACUGACUGCGGGGCUGCUGGUGACGGGCUGGGUGGCGGCGCAGCAGCAGCUGGCGGAGGCGCUGGCCACGGCGCGACACCAGGAGGAGGCGGCGCAGAAGAGCAAGAAGGCGGGGCAGGAGAAGAAGCGCAUCAUUGAGAGCCUGCAGCGGCAGGCGGAGGCGGCUCAGCGGCAGGUGCGGCAGCUCAAGUCGCUGCUGGAAAACACCUUCACAGCGGUGUUCGCGGUGCGGUUCAGGGAUGUGGGUCCCGAGAUCCGGGCAGUCGUGAUCGAUCUGGUGGGUCGGUGGAUCGGGCUGCUGCCCGCCACCUUCAUGGUGGACCAGUACCUCAAGUACGUGGCGUGGGCGCUCAGCGACAGGGACCCCGGCGUGCGUCUGAUGGCCGUCAGUCGCCUGCUCGAGCUCUUCGGCGGCUCCCCCACCGCCCCCGCCCCCGGCCUCCCACCCGCCCGGCCGGAGCCCCCGCAGCACCUGCCGCUGCUGCAUGACUUUGUAAACCGCUUCACCCCGCGGUUCAAGGAGCUGCCGUACGAUGUGGACGAGAGCGUUGCCGUACUGGGG